AUGGAGAAACUUCACAACCUCUCCCCUUUUGGAUUUGUGUUGCUGUGUUUUCUUUCAGCUUCCUUAGCCAUGCUCCCGACCAAUAUUACCACUGAUCAGUCAUCUCUUCUUGCCUUGAGAUCUCACAUCUCAUUUGACCCUCACCAAAUCUUGGCAAACAACUGGUCUGUCAGAUCUUCUGUGUGUGAAUGGAUUGGAGUGACCUGCGGCUUUCGGCAUCUCAGAGUGACCGGCUUAAGUAUUUCAAACAUGAAUCUUACCGGCACCUUACCCCCACAAUUGGGGAACCUAUCAUUUCUUGUUUCGCUUGACAUGAGAAACAACAAUUUCCACGGAGAGAUGCCGCAUGAAAUUGCUCGUUUGCGCCGAUUAAAAGUACUUAAUUUGGGCAUCAACAAUCUCAAAGGAGAGUUACCCUGGUGGAUUGGUUCAUUUCGUAAACUUCGUCACUUGAAUCUUAGAAACAAUAGUUUCACUAGUCGUAUCCCAUCUUCCAUCUCUAACUUGUCAAAGCUAGAGACUAUAUAUCUUUCGUUCAACCCUCUGCAAGGAAACAUUCCCACGGGGAUUUUCAAUAUUUCCUCGCUGCAAAUCAUUCACCUUAUGGAUAAUGGCCUAUCCGGAGUUCUUCCAAGUGACAUGUGUUACCGUCUUCCUGGACUGAGUAUCCUUGACCUAUCAAUGAACAAGUUAAAUGGUCAAUUACCAUCAAGUGCUUUAGCCCAGUGUUCAGAACUUCAGGUGCUGUCUUUGUCUAUCAAUAAAUUUGGAGGUUCCAUACCAAAAGAAAUUGGAGGACUGAAGAAGCUUGAGGAGCUAUACUUGGGUAUCAACUAUUUAGAAGGUGAAAUUCCAAAAGAAAUUGGUAACUCAACUUUGAUGAACACACUAGAUUUCAGAUCAAACAAGUUAGCAGGUGUAAUACCACGAGAGAUUGGAAACUGCUACUUUCUCCAACAUGUCAACAUGGAAUUCAAUAGCUUAACUGGUUCCAUACCAAUAGAGAUCUUCAACCUCUCAAAACUGAUUAUUAUGUCACUUACACAAAAUCAACUUUCAAGCAAUCUUCCAUCCACAUUCGGUUAUAGGCUUCCCAAUCUAGAAGAGCUUUACCUCGGCAUUAAUUCCUUCUCUGGAGUAUUACCUACCUCAAUCUCAAAUUCUUCUAAACUUCGUAGAGUAGAUUUUGGUUCUAACAAGUUCACAGGUCCAAUUCCUACUUCCCUGGGGGACCUAAGUCUCCUGGAACUGUUGAAUCUAUCCAACAACAAUUUAACGAGAGAUUCAUCAUCUCAAGAGUUGAGCUUCAUCACUUCAUUGACAAAAUGCCAAUAUUUGUCAAUAUUGGUCUUCAGUGACAAUCCAUUGAAUGGGAUCAUUCCAAACUCGGUCAGUAAUCUUUCAACUUCCCUUUAA